GCUCCCGCGCGAGACGAGGACCGCACGGCCGCGCGAGGGGCGACAGGGCCCGGGCCGCUGCGCGCCGAGGGCGGAGGCCGAGCCGGGCCCCGGCGCCCCGCGCCUGUCCGUGCCCGCCUGCGCCGAGCGCUGGAGGAUGAGUUUCUCGGGAUCCCGAUUUAUGAAAAUAUGCCUCGGUUUGAUACUGUCUUGGAAUUCAUGAGAUGGAAGCAUAGGUCAAAGCUGUUUGGAGAAAAUUGGAACUACAGUUUUAUCUAACCACAUCCCUGAGGAAUCUGAAGAAAAUAGCUUGUGAAAGUCAUCGUCCAGUGAUUUGUUCUUCUGUAAGGAAAUCUCAUUCAGUAAAGCCAUUUAAAUUAGUGAAAUAGUAGGACCAGUAAAUCAAAGUGGCAGUGUACAGGAUACGUGGACAUUGAACAAUGACUCAGCUUUAUACUUACAUCAGAUUAUUGGGAGCCUGUCUUUCCAUCAUUUCUCAUGUUCAAGGGCAGAAUCUAGACAGUAUGCUCCAUGGUACUGGUGUGAAAUCAGAUUUGGACCAGAAGAAGCCAGACAAUGGAGUGACGUUAGCACCAGAGGAUACCUUGCCUUUCUUAAAGUGCUAUUGCUCAGGACACUGCCCAGAUGAUGCUAUUAAUAACACGUGCAUAACUAAUGGGCAUUGCUUUGCCAUUAUAGAAGAAGAUGAUCAGGGAGAAACCACAUUAGCUUCUGGGUGUAUGAAGUAUGAAGGCUCUGAUUUUCAGUGCAAGGAUUCACCAAAAGCCCAGCUACGCAGGACAAUAGAAUGUUGUCGGACCAAUUUAUGCAACCAAUAUUUGCAGCCUACACUGCCUCCUGUGGUUAUAGGUCCAUUUUUUGAUGGCAGCAUUCGAUGGCUGGUUGUGCUCAUUUCCAUGGCUGUCUGUAUAAUCGCAAUGAUCAUCUUCUCCAGCUGCUUUUGUUACAAACAUUACUGUAAGAGCAUCUCAAGCAGAGGCCGUUACAACCGUGAUUUGGAACAGGAUGAAGCAUUUAUUCCAGUAGGAGAAUCCUUGAAAGACCUGAUUGACCAGUCACAAAGCUCUGGUAGUGGAUCUGGACUACCUUUAUUGGUUCAGCGAACUAUUGCCAAACAGAUUCAGAUGGUUCGCCAGGUUGGUAAAGGCCGAUAUGGAGAAGUGUGGAUGGGUAAAUGGCGUGGCGAGAAAGUGGCAGUCAAAGUGUUUUUUACCACUGAAGAAGCUAGUUGGUUUAGAGAAACGGAAAUCUACCAGACGGUGUUAAUGCGUCAUGAAAAUAUACUUGGUUUUAUAGCUGCAGACAUUAAAGGCACUGGCUCCUGGACUCAGCUGUAUUUGAUUACUGAUUACCAUGAAAAUGGAUCUCUCUAUGACUUCCUGAAAUGUGCCACACUAGACACCAGAGCCCUACUUAAGUUAGCUUACUCUGCUGCCUGUGGUCUGUGCCACCUCCACACAGAAAUUUACGGUACCCAAGGAAAGCCUGCAAUUGCUCAUCGAGACCUGAAGAGCAAAAACAUCCUUAUUAAGAAAAAUGGAAGUUGCUGCAUUGCUGACCUGGGUCUAGCUGUUAAAUUCAACAGUGAUACAAACGAAGUUGACAUACCCUUGAAUACCAGGGUGGGCACCAAGCGCUACAUGGCUCCUGAAGUGCUGGAUGAAAGCCUGAAUAAGAACCAUUUCCAGCCCUACAUCAUGGCUGACAUCUAUAGCUUUGGUUUAAUCAUUUGGGAAAUGGCUCGUCGUUGUAUUACAGGAGGAAUAGUGGAAGAAUACCAAUUACCAUAUUACAACAUGGUGCCCAGUGACCCAUCCUAUGAAGAUAUGCGUGAGGUUGUGUGUGUCAAACGAUUGCGGCCAAUCGUGUCUAACCGCUGGAACAGUGAUGAAUGUCUUCGAGCAGUUUUGAAGCUGAUGUCAGAAUGCUGGGCCCAUAAUCCAGCCUCCAGACUCACAGCUUUGAGAAUCAAGAAGACACUUGCAAAAAUGGUUGAAUCCCAAGAUGUAAAGAUUUGACAGUUACACAGUUGUAAGGGAGAAUCUAGACUGUAAGAACUUCACCCAAGGAAUGGAUGGGUUAGCAUGGAAUAGGAUGUUGGCUUGAUUUUCAGACUCUUUCUUUGCCACAUCUUCACAGGCUGCUAACAGUAAACCUUCAGUACUCUGCGGAACACAAGAUUUGAACUUCCAAACAUGUCAAUCUUUAUACAUGGACAGGACAACUUUGUUUUACAGGUUUGGUUUUAUGAACUACAUCAAGACUCCAAGCCUGAUAAGAAGCCUCUCGUCUAACUCUGGGUACUCAUUCUUCUGUCCAUAAAGUGAUGCUUUCUGUGAAAGCCUUGAGAAAAUUAAUGAACUCAGCAGAGAUGGAGAAAGACAUAUUUGCCUUCUAUCAGAGAAAACAUCUAUUUGCGUUCUAUCUUUGUAAACAGCCUACAGAUUAUGAUCUCUUUGGGAUACUACCUGGUUUAUGAUGGUGCACUAUGCCUUUGAUAUGUACACCAGAAUUCCUCUGCUGCCAUGAGGCUUAGAAGAAAAGAAUGUAUGAUUGUGCAGGAGGGUAUUGUGACUGGCAGGUUAAACAUGCAAUAUCUGAUCAACAUUCGCCAAUCUUAUGAAAGUCAUCUACCUUGUGUCUGUAUAACCUCCCCACCAACUUUGUUUUCACAUAGUAGUUGUAAAGGCCAAGUAAGUUUAAAGUGUCCAUAAAUUUGGACUGUUUCUCUUCUAUCACCACUUUGUUUUCUUUUUUGGUAAUUAUUAUUAUUAUUUUUAUUUUUUAUAAAACACCACCUGUCCAGAGUUGAAACUCACCUCUUUAAACCAUACUUUGGAAGAAAGCGCCUCUUGCUGGAGAAGGCUUUGCUGAUUCUGAUAACAGUGUGCAUGCCUGUGGUCAAAUUCUGAAGUCUUUGCUCUCAGUAUCUCUUAAAAAGGGAAGUUGUUUACCAUGUGUAAUGUGCUUUUAUUUUCAAAACCUACAUAAUCAUCUUUCUAGCCAUAUUUUACUUGCAUACUGAACUCUAUUCCAAACAGCUCACAUGGAUCUUAUCCAUAAUGGGGGAAUGUUUUAAAGUAGAACCAUGUGUGAAUUUCAGAAUUCAUGCAUUUAAAAACUUUAGUCAAAAAAGUUUACUAAGAUAUUGCCUCAUUCUUUUAUGAAGGGUGUCAGCUAAUAUAAAUUUGUCAGUAACUGGUAAAUGUAUUUUAUAUAUCUAAAUCUUUAGAAAUUUGCUCUUUUCAGUUUCUGAUCCCUAGCUUGUGAAGACAAAGAAUCAAGCAGAAAUGUCCAGUAUCUGGUCACUACCCAUAUAUAUAUAUAUAUAUACAUACAUACAUACAUACAUACACACACACACACACUGAACUGCUGAAAUAAAAUGAUGUGUUUUUUUUUAAAUAGAGUGCUUGUUCUCUCAAAGAACAGUUCUGCUUAAAUCUUACAUGCCGAUAUCAUAUUAUUUAAAUGUUUAUUCUUCACAAAUAAGCCAGGAGAGGAUCAAGUGACAUUGUCUCUUUGGAUGAAACAUAAAUUAAAGAUGAUUGCAUUAUAACAUAGUCAACCAUUUUAAUUUAAAUGGGAGGCUGUCCAUCUAUUCACUUAUAACUAAAUAUAAUACACAAAUUCCACAAAUUUGAGACUUGCUUUGACUAUUUAAUGAGUUUCAUUUAGUGUAACCAAAUCCUGAGAACACAUAGGAGAUUUGAACUACUUAAGCCAAGUUAACCUGGAUAUAUUUUUGCCUGAAUAAAUUAAGUCUUAAAAAUCAUUAACAUCUUGAUGAUAUACCUAACGAAUGGCUAACUUCAUUCUUAGACAUGCUUGAAUGGUGUGUGGAAGCCGCUAUAUGAUGAUUCUUUUCUAAUUAGCUUGGUCUGAGGAAAGGGGGCUACCAGGAAUUAGUUCUAAGGCUGAUAGUGAGUACUGGAGUCACUGCCUUCCCAAGCUGCCUCUCAGUACUCUCUUUAAAGGCCAAAUUUUGCUGCUAUAGUCCUUACGUAGAACCCUAAUGUCUAAAGUUGCAUUAAACUUAUUCUUUUCCUCUCCUUCCUCUUACUCUUAAAUUUGAAAUUUAAGCCUGGAGAGAUGGCUCCAAGGUUAAGAGCACUGGCUGCUCUUCCAGAGAUCCUGAGUUCAGUUCUCAGCAAUCACAUUAGUGGCUCACAACCAUCUGUAAUGAGAUCUGGUGCCCUCUUCUGCUAUGCAAGCAUACAUGCAGGUAGAACUCUGUAUACAUAAUACAUAAAGCAUUUAAAAAUAUGGAAAAUUCAGUGAAAUAUUUGAAGACUAUAUCAGCCCUUGGGGUCAGUGAGAAGGCUCCAUGGGUAAAGACACUUCUGCCAAGCUGCCACCUGCAGUGCAGUCUCUGGGUCACAUGCGAACCAGCUAUUCCAUAAUUGUCUUCUGACAUCCACACACUCUUUGGCAUGCAUCCCCCCAUGAACGCCCCACACACACACACAUAAUACACUCCACAUAUUCAAACACAUAAGUGUAAUUUAAAACAAAAGUAUAAACAACUGGUUAAAAAGUACUGUGUAGUUAGUAAUUAAUAACUUGUAAAAAUCUGCAAACUCAUUUGGUCCCACUUUGAAUCUAGAGUUUAAAAAUAUGGCUAACAUCGGCAAUCCUUAUAAAUCAUAAUGUUAUAAAAGCCCAAACCCAACUACCUAAAUACAUAUCAAAUGAUCCAGGAAGAUAUCACGAGUGGUUUGUAUGGUCAGGUGUUGCAGGGGUACAGAGCAGGUAAAGAUUUGUCCCAGCUUGACUGUCUGAGGCUUCUGCAGCACUGAGAACUGAUUUCUCUGAAAUACUGUAACAGAAGGUAUUUUAGCAUGUUAUGUUAUCCUUCCCGUGUCAGAAGCAUGUCUAAGCCUGUAAAGCUCUUGUACUGGGAUGUGCUGGGUCUCAGCCAUUCCUUCUAAUGUUAUUCCUCCUUUUUUCUCUUUAGAUGUUUUUCCUUAUUUAGAAUAAAAAGACAGUAAUUUUUCAAGAACCAUGCAUCUCUGAUUUGACCCAAGAUAAGUUGUUGGAUAUUGAUUGUCUCUUCCAAGGCAGGUUUCCUAAGUGAAAACCUUGUCUUUUCCAGAUAUGCGUUAUUUUGAAAUGUCUCCAGAUGUCCAAGAUAAUUUCAACAGAAGUUUAAUUCAUGUUGAAAGAAAGGUUAUGUAGCCCUUGUGGUAACAACACAAAUUGAGUCAGAUAUUAAGGAGUGACGGUUUGCUCUCCUCCUGGCUGUGAGGGGGUGGAGACUAGGCAAGCAGAUCUUGUUCCUCUGGUGAAGUGUGUGAAUCUGCAGGAAUGACCAUCCCAUAAGGAAAGCUUAUGAAUAUGGCUUUUGCAAAGACUUAGACAUAAUACUGUAAUUUUAGGUUGUACUCUGUACUCUUUCAGUGGAAUUAUUUAAGCUCUUUAAUGACCUUUGUUCUUCCCACUUAAAAGCUAAAAUGUAGUAUAUAUUGUAUAAAAUGAAAAUAUUAUAGCUUAGGGAAACUGUACAUAAGGCAUUGACUGGUUGGAGGCAUUUUUAAUAUGCAAUUGUAAAACACCAAAAAUAUAGAUUCAUCUUUGAUAUGUAACACACUAAAUGUAUUUUGUACAAAAUCUGAUUUAAAAGGUGCCUUAUUAAGUUUACCAUUAAUUGCUUUGUUCUAUAUACAGAUUAUGUCCAAUGUAUCAUUUUUCAGUAAAUAACCUUAUUUUAGUAUACUUCAGUGAUGUGUUUUGUGAUGUUGUUCUUGGAUUUAUUGUGCAUCAGAAGUCAUCUAUUGAAAUUUUAUAAUAAGUGAGUCAGUGUACAUAUAUACGUUCCUGAAUGUGCAUUUCAGCUUCCAGAAACCCGGAACGUGGCUAGGUAAGUGGCCAUACGUUUUUGCCUAUAUGUAGAGAUGAUGAACCUAUUAUAGCAAGGGGAUUUUUUUUCUUCUAUAAAAAAAUAAAGCGUUUUCUGGUUAUAAAAAUGUGUAUUUAUAACAACUUUUGGGAAAAGCUAAAGGAAAGAAUAAAGAAGCAAAU